GCAAUUUUUUCAUGCAUUGUAGCAUGAAGUAUUUUGUUGAUUCACCAUUGUUGAGAUUCAUAUGCUGAUUCUUGACGUCUGUGGUCUUUGUGUUGCUUCAGAUGAAACUUUUUAUGUGAUUUGUAAAUUAUUGAAAUCAUCUGAUUUAUACAAUACUACUAGAUCUGACAUUAUAAGUGAUGCUAAAGCAAUACAAUAUACAUUUAAUCAGAAAUUGGACUUCUAAGAAACUUUUAUUUAUUUUUACUUGGCUUCGCUGGUCAAGCUAAAUGUGUUUUUAAUGAACACACAGUCAAAACUAACAGUGUAACGUCACCACCAAAACAUGAAAGGUCAAGAACCCAACAAAAGGACACACUGAUCUAUAUAUAUAUAUAUAUAGCCUAUAUUUUUUCCUGAGAUCAGAUAAUAUUUUAAGCUGUCAUGUUACAGCGUGCCCCUCAGAUGUUACAAUGUACCCCACCUACGGGGCAUGUUGUCUCACUUCACUUUUAUUUUUUUAGGUUAAAUAAAAGAAAACCUGAAUAAUGUAAUUAUUAAACAAAGCGACAUAUUUGUUUUAGACACUUGUAAAAUUACUGUGGAUGAUGAAAUUAUAUUCUGAACCCCAUGUGGAUUAACACAAAUUGAGAAAGUCAAAAAGUGUUACCCCCGCUCUCCCAUAUAGCCCCAAUUUACCAGAGGAACCUCGUAAAAAAAAAAAAAAAAAAAACGUGUAAACUCAGAAAAAAAGGUACAAAAGUUGUCACUGGGGCGAAACCUUUUCAAAAGGCACAAAUUUGUACCUAAAGAAUGCAAAAAUGUACAAAAGCUUUUAUACAUUUUGUUCUGAGUGUAUUUCAGAACACAAUAUUUACUUUUAUUUUAUUUUAUUUUAUUUUUUACAGAUGGAACCCCGUCCCCUUACCAAAAAUAGCUAUGGUUUAACCAUAGUAAAAUUGUAGUAAUCAUUUAUUUAUUUAUUUUUUGUCGUAUUGACUACCAUUUUUAUAACCACAAUAGAAGUUUUACUACAAAUAUGGUUAAAGCAAAACCCUGGUUCAUUUUCGUCAGGGUAAAAACGCCCUCGGGCUAGUUUUGGGCGUUUGAGUAACAAUUGGAAGGGCUUUGUUGUGCAAACCUGGCAACCCUGCUCUGUCUACACACUCCGAGAUACUAGGUGGCAGUAUGCAUGCUUCACGGGUGUUUAUAAGCCACCAUUACUCUAAAACAAGGAUAUUCCAUAGACAGUAAAAGAUUCCCAGUCUUCCGAUCCAUAAAACUCGAGUCUCGUCGCGUCGCUGCGCUCGUUCACGCGCCCGCGCGUUCCCAGCGAUUAUGUAAAUGAGGCCCGCGACCGUAGCACAGUGAUCGGCGAGACUAGAGUAUAUUCCGCUCGCGAUGACUGGAAGAUCGUGGACCCCCGAGGCGGAGGAGACUCUGAUCGAGCUCUGGCAGCAGUCUGCAUGUCUGUACGACAUCUCCUCCGCAGACUACCACAACCGAGAGGAGAAGGACAAGCGCUGGAGGGAGGUCUCCGAGGCGCUGCAGAUGCCCGUGGAGGCGGUGGCGACCCGGGUGGCGUCUCUGAGGACUCAAUAUGCCAGACUGAAGAAACCUAAAGCAAACACGGGCGAGAGGAAGCCCCUCACGAUGAGGCAGCGCUGGCUCCUGAGGGCCCUUGAUUUCCUGAAGCCGCACAUCGUUCAUCGGCGGCACGAGACCACUCUGGGUCUGCCGUCCUCUGAUAAAGCGGAGGACGCUCUGGACGAGUCGGAUGAAAUGUCUCAGGAGACGGAUAAAGAAGUGGACAGCUUCGACUCCAUCAGUGUGUGUCUCUCCCCGAUGCCUGACACUCCAGACACCGGCAUCCCUGAGGAAACAGCCUCGUGCUCUCCGUCUCCCCGGAGCACAUCCGGCAAACGCACACGCUCCUCUGAACCCGACAUCGAGCUGCAGAAGCUGGAGGUGCUGAAGCAGAUGUCCGCUAAGGUCCUGGAGAACCCUUCUCUGGACGCCGCGGCGGUCUUCUCCAGCCAGGUGGCCCUCGAGUACCGUCUGCUCAGAGACCCCAGCGUCCAGAUGCGCGUCCGCAGACAGAUCAUGGCUCUUCUCUACGAAGCACAGGAUUCAGAGAGACUUCCCCGAGCGUCCAAGAGACACGAACAGAGAGCGCUCAAAACUGAGGAUCAACACUAAUAUAUACGGUGAAAUGUGGUUCUUGUUUGUUUUAGAUGUUUUACUGAACUAUUUUUCUUGGUGGAGGCUUUGAUAUAAUCUACAUGUUAGAUAAUAAAACAAUUUGAACAUCA